AUGUCUGGCCCCGUCGCCCGCCUCGCAAACAUCAAGCUUGGCGGCGCCCAACAACGCCCGCCUUUCGCUGAUUUGGGCCUCAUCGGCCUUGCUGUCAUGGGACAGAACCUCAUCAUGAACAUGGCCGACCACGGCUUCACCAUCUGCGCGUUCAACCGAACCGUCUCAAAGGUCGACCGCUUCUUGGAAAACGAGGCCAAGGGCAAGUCCAUUGUGGGCGCCCAUACCAUUGAGGAGUUCGUCAGCAAACUCAAGUCUCCCCGCCGCGUCAUGCUCCUCGUCCAGGCCGGCAGUGCCGUCGAUGACUGGAUCGCCAAGCUCCUGCCCCUCCUCAGCUCCGGAGACAUCAUCAUCGAUGGUGGCAACUCGCACUACCCCGACUCCAACCGCCGCACCAAGGAGCUCAAGGUCAAGGGCAUCCGCUUCGUCGGUUCCGGCGUUUCCGGCGGCGAGGAGGGCGCCCGAUACGGCCCCAGUCUGAUGCCCGGCGGCAACGAGGAGGCUUGGCCGCACAUCAAGGACAUCUUCCAGAGCAUCGCCGCCAAGAGCGACGGCGAGGCUUGCUGUGACUGGGUCGGCGACGAGGGUGCUGGCCACUAUGUCAAGAUGGUCCACAACGGCAUCGAGUACGGCGACAUGCAGCUCAUCUGCGAGGCCUACGACAUCAUGAAGCGCGGCCUUGGUCUGUCCAGCAAGGAGAUUGGUGACGUCCUGGCCAAGUGGAACAAGGGUGUUCUCGACUCUUUCCUCAUUGAAAUCACCCGUGACAUCAUGUACUUCAACGACGACGACGGGAAGCCCCUCGUGGACAAGAUCCUCGACAAGGCCGGCCAGAAAGGCACCGGCAAGUGGACCGCCGUCAACGCCCUCGACCUCGGCAUGCCCGUUACUCUCAUCGCCGAGGCCGUCCUAGCGCGCUGCUUGUCCGGCAUCAAGGACGAGCGUGUCAAGGCUUCGACCAAGCUCGAGUAUGUGAGCCGCACCAGUGGCAAGUUUGAGGGCGACAAGGCGCAGUUCCUCGAGGAUCUCGAGCAGGCGCUGUACGCCUCCAAGAUCAUUUCCUAUGCUCAAGGCUUCAUGCUGAUGCAGGAGGCCGCCCGGGAAUAUAACUGGAAGCUCAACAAGCCUUCGAUUGCCCUCAUGUGGCGCGGCGGCUGCAUCAUCCGCUCCGUCUUCCUCAAGGACAUCACCGAUGCGUACCGCAAAGAGCCCGACCUGCUGAACCUACUGUUUGACAACUUCUUCAACAAGGCCAUCCACAAGGCUCAGCCCGGGUGGAGAGACGUGGUUGCGAAGUCUGCCCAGCUCGGCAUCCCGACGCCUGCCUUCUCGACGGCCCUGUCGUGGUUCGACGGCUACCGUACCAAGGACCUGCCGGCCAACCUACUCCAGGCUCAGCGUGACUACUUUGGCGCUCACACGUUCCGCAUCAAGCCCGAGUGCGCCAACAAAAAGUACCCCGAGGGCCAGGACAUUCACGUCAACUGGACGGGCCGCGGCGGCAACGUGUCUGCCUCUACGUACCAGGCAUAA